AUGAGCGGAAAUAACGUUUACCCAUAUGAAAGGAUUGCCCAUCUAGAAAAUAACUCAUAUAUUUAUGGUGAGCCUAUAUAGUGUUUUGCCUUAAUUUUACUAUUAAAAUUUUUUAUUUUUUAUAAAUUAAAUGAUUUAUACUUAUUUAUAAUAGUCGUAAUCUUAUUUUUUUAUAGUAAAUAUAUGAGAAUAUUUAUUUUAAAUAGUAUAAAAUAUUUAAAUAUAUAGAAAAUUCCUGGGGAUAGCGCGGAAUACGCUAUCCCCAGGACCAAACCGGGAUCGGAUCCCACAUGGAACGAGGGUUCCAUGUGUGGAUCCAUUUUUCACACGUGAAAGUAAAUAUCUCACAUGUAAAAAAUGGAUCCACACAUGGAACUCCCGUUCCAUGUGUGAAUCCGAUCCCGGUUGGUCCUGGGGAUAGCGUAUUCCGCGCUAUCCCCAGGAAUUAUCUAUACCUUUUCCAUCAGCUAAUAUUUCUCCUGUAGAAGACUAUGACCAAUCUCUACAUGAAAAUAAUUCAAAUGAAGAAAAAAGUGAGAAUUUUGUUGAACAAGAAACAGAAGACAAUAGAGUUAUCUUGCAAGAAAGCCCAUACCAGGAAAGCCCAAAUAGGUUUAAGGACAUUGAAAGCAGCAUUGAAAGACAGAUUGUUGAAAAAGAAGCAUAUUGGUCAAGAAAAUCAGCUGAAAUAAGAGAAACCUGGAAGCAGCUGCAGCUGAAUAAUAUAGAAAGAUCACAGUCUCCGCCUGCAAGAAGGCCAUUAUCCAAUAGAAACACAUCUCCUGGAAGCUCUAAGCAUAUAAGGCCAGCCUCAACUCGAAAUAAAUCAAAAUCAACUGUAAAAAAAUCAAAAUAUGAGCACAUAAAUAACAAAUAUUCCAAAAUUAACACAAAAAGUCCUUAUUGCCGGUCAACUUUUUCCCAAGAGGUGAGAGUCAUGGAAAAUCAGCCAUAUACUUAUAGUAAAAAAAAGGUAAAAAAGAGCAAUACAAAGAAAAAUUUAGAAGAAGAGAUGCUUGAUAGGAUUAUAAAAGUGGUCGAAAAGCAUUCAAAAUUGUGCCCUCAUUUAAAGAGCGAGGUGGAUCAGGGUUGUCAUUCCCUCUGCAUUUUUGGCAUGCCCAGUCAUUAUCAAGCCAUUUUCUAACUCCCCCCCCCCUCCGUGAGCGAACAAAACCAUUAGAAAAAAUCGCCAUUUUUUGACCCAAAAAACCCACCCUCCGUGAGUGAACAAAAAUUUUUUUAAUAGAAAAAAUUUUAAUGGAAAAAAAUUUUGAUAUAUAAGUGAUAAUUAGUAUAAUGAAAUCUAGAGCUAAUUCUGUUUAAUUUUAAACAAAUUGCGUUUUAAAACAUAAAUUUUGCAAAUUAAAUUAAUAUUUGCUUCCCAAUUUUUGCAAAUUAGGAUUUUUUUAAAUUUCGAAAAAAAUAUUUUUUAUAAAAAUUUAUAUAUAAAUUUUUUUUAAAAAAAAAAAUUAACCCCCCUCCGUGAGCGAACAAAAUUUUUUUGUUCGCUCACGGAGGGGGGGGGGAGUAAGAAAAAAAAAUUUUAAAAAGUCUGAUAAGGAAAAUAUUACCUAUUUUCUGGCUAUUAAAACGUACAAAAAAACAUGCACCAUGGAUCAGAUAAGAAAAGAGACUCUGAAAGCUAAAUGGCGGUAA